UGUCCUCGUAAAUUCAGGGUACCUAUUAGGAAGCUUCAGCUUGCUCGUUCGCGCUCGUUCUCACUUCCGGAUUAUCUCGAAAAAAUCUCGCUUCUUCUCUGCUUUCUCUUUUUCUUUCUUUUAGAAGUGACGUCUUUUUCUUUUUCCUUUCUCUUUCGUCUCUUUUUCGACUGAAAAAUGCGUUAAAGCACAGCGAAUACAUCCAUGGAGGAGAUACAUGAAGGCGAGAUGUCUUCCGUGACGCUCUCGUCCAUCUUGCUCCUUCUACUUUUCGGUCGCGUCGCGAAUGCCCAGAAAAGUUUAGAAUUUUUCGAUCUCCUGCCGGAAGAUCCUAAAUUAUAUGAUAAAAUGCGACCUCCCAAGAAGGAUGGUCAGGCAACCGUUGUACAUUUUCAUGUUACUGUGAUGGGACUCGAUUCCAUCGACGAAAAUUCAAUGACGUACGCCGCCGAUAUUUUCUUUGCCCAAACGUGGAAAGACAAUAGACUCAGACUUCCAGAAAAUAUGACAUCCGAAUAUAGAUUAUUAGAAGUUGAUUGGCUGAAAAAUAUGUGGCGGCCGGAUUCCUUUUUUAAGAACGCAAAAUCGGUGACUUUUCAAACAAUGACGAUACCAAAUCAUUAUCUAUGGCUGUAUAAGGAUAAAACUAUACUUUACAUGGUGAAAUUGACCCUAAAACUUUCUUGCGCCAUGAACUUUUUGAUCUAUCCUCACGAUACGCAAGAAUGUAAACUGCAAAUGGAAAGUCUAUCGCACACAACGGAUGAAAUGAUCUUUCAAUGGGAUCCUGAUGUUCCCCUCGUUGUAGAUGAGAAUAUUGAAUUACCUCAGUUACAGCUCGUUAAAAAUUAUACAGCUGACUGCACGCAAGUUUAUUCCACUGGUAACUUCACGUGUCUCGAGGUUGUGUUUGUGCUAAAAAGACGUCUUGGCUAUUACUUGUUUCAUACUUAUGUGCCAACGUGCUUGAUCGUCAUCAUGUCGUGGGUGUCGUUCUGGAUAAAGCCCGAAGCCGCGCCUGCCAGGGUUACUCUGGGUGUCACCUCGCUGCUCACCCUGUCCACGCAACACGCCAAAAGUCAAGCCUCGUUGCCACCCGUCUCGUAUUUGAAGGCCGUCGAUGCCUUCAUGUCGGUUUGCACAGUGUUCGUCUUUAUGGCCCUGAUGGAGUAUUGUCUGGUGAAUAUUGUUCUCGGCGACUCGGAUGCAUCGACAGCUAAACCCGCGCCACCGCCACCGCCACCAUCCUCGAGCACCGCAGAUUCGGCUAAGCUCGACAAGAUUUUUGACAUCGCAGCCAAGGAAAACGCAAUGUUGUUAUCCUGCCGAUCGCAGAAAUCACCAGCUGGCCCACCGUCCGGACCCACCCCGGCCCAAAGGGCGCGAAUACGAGCGCUGAACAUUGAUCGUUUUUCGCGUGUUUUCUUCCCCUUUCUGUUCACCGUGUUGAACGUCACCUAUUGGAUAAUGUUUGCUGAAUAUAUUUAGAUUAUGGUACUGCAAAUUCUCACGGAAGAUUGCAUUACUACUUCGAAUAAGUAGCGCAAGAGGAGAGAAACAGAUAGUCCAGCAAUGAAACUGGAAGAAUUUGAAGCGCGCUAAAAAAGAUAAAG